UCUCCGGAGCCAGGAUUGGGUGAUGGUCUCUCUGCUCCAGCAAGCGUCUGAAAUCCCACUGACCCCUCCAGAGAGCCUCGAGGGAGAGCACCGAGGAGACCUCAUGCAGACCCGAAGGGCCACGGGUUCCCCAACCCCACAAAGUGAGAACCCUGGCUUCAGCUGCCCACCGUACCCAGGUGAUGUCCAGCCGGAGCCGGAGCCCUCCAUCUCCUCCCACAGCCCCAGCCCUUCCUCCCCGUGCCCUGAGCAGCUGCAGAGUCACUUCCCGGCCGGCCCAGGCCAGGCGGCAUUCGGGCUGUCCCCGACGGAGAAGUACCAGGGCUUUGCCUACGAGGACGGAGCCGUGGCCGGGAGCCCCGGACGCUUCCUCAAGGGCAGCCGCGCCCCCUUCCACCCCUACAAGCGGCAGUUCAACGAGGACGUUUUCCUGGAGGCGCAUCCGGCCCUGGGCCUGGACGGACCCUCCUUCAAGAGCCCGGCGUGCCUGGAGACCUUCGAGGAUGUGGCCAGCGCCGGAGACGCGGAGCCCUUCGCCCCCAGCUUCUCGGCAGAGGCCGCUGCCUGGUGCCACGGGCCCCACUACCCAAGCCAGGAGCACAGCGCCCAGAUCAUGCAUGGGUCAGAGGUCAAACUCAAGCCAGCCCCUAUGGAGGGCCCACCUGGACUGUAUUGUUACCAGCCCCAGCACAUGUACUGCUCCUCACAGCCCUUCCACCAGUACUCCUCUGGCAAUGGCAAUUAUCCUAUGACCUACCUCCCAUCCCCACACUAUGCUUACCAGAGAAUCGUCCCUCAAGCCAGCGUGGAAUCUCAGCAACCACUGUUCCCCAAGCCCAUCUACUCAUACAGCAUCCUUAUCUUCAUGGCCCUCAAGAACAGCAAAACAGGCAGCCUUCCAGUCAGCGAGAUCUACAACUUUAUGACAGAACACUUCCCUUAUUUCAAGACAGCCCCAGAUGGCUGGAAGAAUUCUGUCCGCCACAACCUGUCCCUCAACAAGUGCUUUGAGAAGGUAGAGAACAAAUCGGGCAGCUCAUCCCGCAAGGGCUGCCUGUGGGCCCUCAAUCCAGCCAAGAUCGACAAGAUGCAGGAGGAACUCCAGAAGUGGAAAAGGAAAGACCCCAUUGCAGUGCGGAAGAGCAUGGCCAAGCCAGAAGAACUAGACACACUCAUCGGUGACAAGAGUGAGAAACUUCGGUCUCCUUUAAUGCCCUGCCCACCCCAGGGGCUGCCCAGCUCAGGUCCUGCCAGGCCAAUGGCAUUGUGUGACCCAGCCAACCCCACUGCUGUCCCCCAGUCCCUCCACUCACUCCAUCCGGCACCAGGCCCCAUCCACGCCAAGAACCCCAUGACAGGCCUACUUGGAGGACACCCUCCCUCCUGCUAUCCGCAGAGUUAUCCACACCUCUCACCAGCACUGGCUCAACCGGGGGUCCCCCAAACCCUCUUCCCACCUUCAGAUGGGCACGGCGAGCUCCAGGCUCAGUCAGGCACACCUCAGGACUCUCCCUUGCCUGCUCACACUCCACCCAGCCAUGGCAUGAAGAUGUUAUCCGAACCCUCCCCAGCCAGAACAAUGCAGGACACACUCAUGCCAGAGGGAGACCUCAGCACCGACAUUGACACCAUCAAUCCCUCCCUCACUGACUUUGACUUCCAGGGAAACCUCUGGGAAGAAUUGAAGGAUGAUAGCUUGGCCCUAGACCCCCUGGUGCUGGUCACAUCAUCCCCAGCGCCAUCCCACUGCUACCCAUCCCACUGCCUGGCGGGGUCCGGAGGCAAUACCAGCGAGCUAAGCCUACCGGGCAAUGGCACCUCCAGCGGACUGAGUGACCUGCACCUCACUACCUUCUACUCAGCCUUAAUGGACCUGGACCCAGUGGCUCCAGCGUAUCUGAACUCCAGCUCCAAGCCCAUGGGACUAGUGUGAGCCAUGCAGAGGCCAUGGCCCAUCCUCCAGAUUGCCAGCAUGCCCCAGGAGCUAGGUCCCGAGUCUCCUCCUCUCUGUCUGAAGAGAAGGAGCGACCAGCGACCACGGAUGGACCCCCCAAGGAAGGAAGGGAAAAAGGCUCCUCCCUCCUCUCAAAAAUGGGGGGAAACCCUAAAAUAACCCAAAAACAACAAAAAAAACAUGACUUUGCCAACUUGAUUUUUAGGAGAAAGGCCUGGGGGACUGAGGGCCCAUCCCUGCCUUCUCUGGUCCUCCUCUGCCACCGCCGCCAUCCCUAACCCUCAAACAUUUCUGCCCGCCUCUGACUCAAGGUCCUGAGAGCGCCCACCCCCUUCUCCAAAAAUUAUUUCACCUCUCGGCGCCCCAAGGAACUUUCUAAGACUGGGAGGGGUUGUUUCUUCACUGAACCCCCUGUUCAUAGCAUAGUUCUGGUCAAAAGCACACACACACACACACACACACACACACAAAACUAUGGAUAUUACAUGCACAUACACAUGUAUAUAUAUAGGUUCCAGUAUUCAGUGGAUCCAUGAUCUCAUUCAUUCAGGUAUUCUAUUAACCAUGAAGAGUUAACAAAACCAUGGGAGCACACAUACAUGUCAUAUGGUGUCUGACAAUGUGGCAUACACAUGUAUGCCUAUCAUACGUGUGUAUUUUGUCAUUAUUGCCUCACAUGGAAUACACAUGCAUAUAUGUAUACUUGAAUAGUCAACGGCUCUGCGAUUUCAUCAAUGUCGGUGCUCUAGAGGUCCACCAGUGAAGCCUAUGACAAAGCCUUUUGUCACUUCUCUUCAGAGCCAGAGAGCACAUGUGAAUAUCAUGUGUGUGCUUUGUAACAUGCAAUCCAUGUAUCAUGUUUUCUGGAGGCAGACUUGUGUUUUUCCUUAUAAAGGUAUGCAUUAAGCAUAUUAAGCACCUACUAUGUGCCAGGCACUGUGCCAAGUUCUUGGAUACAUGAUAUCUACAAGGUAUAUGACUAAUAUAGACCCACAUGUAUAUGUCAGCAACUAGAUAUAUACAUACAUGUACAUCUGUGUAUGUAUACAGCAGGCUUUGACUUGGUAUGUGGGUUAUAUAUAGGCAUAUACACAUAUGUAUGUGGGGAGAGAGACAGAGAGAGAGGGAAGGAGGG